AUGUUCUCUAAUCAGGAUUUUGAGCCUCGUCAAAUUAAGCGUGACACCAUACUUAGUACAGCAGAGUUAAUUAGCAUUGGAAACUUCGCGUACGCAGCGCAGGCAACUGAGGUGCUAAACGGCUUUCUAGGUCAAGAGUCACGAAACCGCGCAGGCAGUUUGAAGACCUCCGCACAGAAGGCGGAGGACACUAACGCGGAAUGGCUAGAAGAAGCGUAUCAGCCCUGCUAUCGAUACGAACUCCCUGAGGGUAUCGUGGUCCCUGAUCCUUCUACUUCUACCUAUCAAGAGGUACACGUCAAUGACAAGCUGCCUCUGGAUCAACAAAAACAGCUCCGAAAGCUAGUAAAGCGCUUCGCAGUCAUCUUCAACGACGGACCCGGCAUGGCACGCCAGCCAGAAGAGGAGUGGCUACGUAUCAAGGUGGCUCCUGAGCUGGAACGAAAUCUCAAGCCUCGACCUCCCUAUCGCAACGCUCCGUGUGCAAAGCAAGCAAUUGACAAUAUAUUUAACGAAAAUAUCCAGCUUGGUCGGAUGGCGCCAGCGAAGCAUUCUCCUUACUCCCUACCAGUAUUCGUGGUCUACAAGUAUACCCCAGAAGGAGCUGUCAAAAAGGCGAGGCCUGUAGUGGAUCUACGACCUCUGAAUAACGUUGCAGAGUUAGAUGCGUAUCCCUUGCCUCUUCAGGAGGAUAUCCUUGCCGCUAUAGCCCUGGCUACCUACAUCUCUUCUAUCAAUUUCCUCAAAACAACCAUCUUUCGAGGCCCUAAAAGAGAGAAGGGAUCUCCACUAGAGAAGCCGCAGGAGAGAAAAGGCCGCGGAGCGAAGGAAUUCAGAGAGCUUUGGAAGCGCAAGCAUACAACUGCGUUUCAGGACCUCACGAGCGCAUUUUCUGAAGCCGCAGAUAUCCUACGCCAUUUCGAUCCUGCAAAGGUCCUAAACGUAUUUCUUGAUGCGUCAAAAGAGCUUGAUUUUGGCGUUACUGUAUACCAACUCGAAGACGCAGAAGCCGAAGACCCCCUUAAGCCCUUAAAGACGAUGCUGAGGCCUAUCAUCUUUCUCUUGAAGUGCUUGACGCCUGCUGAACGCAACUACUGGCCGACAGAUCUGGAGCUGUCUGGACUUACCGUCAUCUACACUGACCAUCGAGCGAAUCCAGUGAUCCUAGCAGCAAGAUUACUGCGUACGCAAUCUCCUCUCAAGAUGAAUACUCGCCAACAAGGAUGGGCCGUGUUUCUGACGUAUCAUCCUUCAGCAGAUGGCCAAUCAGAACGAGUCAAUCAAGAGCUAGAAAUAGCACUGCGCUUUUAUGUUGAUGCUAUGCAGGGCAAUUGGAAGAAGUUCCUAUCCACUAUCGAGUUCUACUUCAAUAGCAACUACUCUUCUGUCGUUACUCAGACCCUAUUUCAAGUCAUCUACGGCUUUACUCCUAGCACUCAGCUAACGCUACUAAUGCCAGAAGCGCUAGAGCAGCUAGUGCAAGAACGAGAAGCUGCUAGAGAUAUAGCUGCAGAAGGGCUUCAGAUUGCUGCAGAAGUAAUGAUGAAUAGAGCAAUCCAAGAUCGAUCAUUCGACUCCGGAUGGGCUAGGCUGCGUCUUUCGCCAAAGAGUUACUCGCUGCCUUCUACACGCAAGUUCGCACUCUCUCCACGCUACACUAGAGCCUUUCGAAUCCUUGAGGCUGUCGGCAAGGGCAAUGCGCUACGAAUGGACCUGCCUGCGGCCUGGAGACUCCACCAAGUGAUCAGCAAGAUCCAUCUCGACCCUGCUCCGAGCCCUGACGAUGAUCCCUAUCAACAAAACCUUCCCCCUCCGUCAGAUCACAUUGACGAACAAGGAAUGGAACAGUUGGCAAGCUCAUUAAUGGCAAGGCAAUAUUAUACAAAGUCAGAUGGGAAGGAUAUGACAAGGAAGAUGAUACUUAGGAGGACUCAGCAGCUUUAG